CUCAUUUCGUGACAGUUUGAAAGUUUGUAAAAAAAAACACAAACCGGCCGGCCGGAAAUGAUGGUGUUUGGUCACUCAAAUCCAACAAAACAUCAUCAGCAGCAAGUGUUUCCGGUCGAUUACGAAGCUGAUGUUUCUCAACGUCUUCUAGAAGCUUCAUUCUCGAGUGACGAUCUUAAAACAGCGUUUGACUGCAUUGAUGAUCCUUACGUUGACAUUAACUUCAUAGGCGCUGUUACAUUAAAAGUUCGUGUCGCCGAAAUUGUUUGUAACGAUGAAGCGGAAAAUGUGGUGAGAUUUGAGUAUCAGGAAUUCAAAUCAGACGUUACGGCUCUGUUCGUUGCUGUUCACACUGGAAAUGUGACACUUGUUAAGAAGUUGCUGAGCCAUGGAGCCGAUGUGAAUCAGAAACUUUUUAGAGGCUUUUCAAUGACAGCGGCUGUAAGAGAGGGCCAGCUUGAGAUCUUUGAGAUCUUACUCAAAGCCGGUGCCUCUCAGCCUUCUUGUGAGGAAGCUCUACUAGAGGCCAGCUGUCAUGGACGCGGUGGUAAAUUUAUCGAGUUGCUAAUAGCUUCUGAUCUUAUCCGACCCCAUAUUGCUGUGCAUGCUCUUGUCACUGCAUGCUGCAGAGGAUUUAUUGAUGUGGUUGAUGUACUCUUGAAGUGUGGUGUGGAUGUAAAUGCCUCUUCUAGAGUGUUGCUCUGCUCAUCUAAGCCAUCCCUUCAUACCAAUAUCAAUUGCACACCUCUUGUUGCAGCCGUGGUUAGCCGACAAGUUUCUGUCGUUCGUCUGCUUUUGCAGGUGGGGGCCGAUCCCAACGCCAAGGUCCAGUUAGGAGCAUGGUCUUGGGACAUGGCUUCAGGUGAUGAGUUUCGGGUUGGUGCUGGACUUGCAGAGCCUUAUGCUAUUACUUGGUGUGCGGUGGAGUAUUUUGAAGCGAGUGGUGCCAUAUUGCAAAUGUUACUCCAGCACUAUUCCCUUGAACCAUAUCACAAUGGUAGAACGCUCUUACAUCAUGCUAUACUUUGUGGGAACAUAGGAGCCGUAAAAACACUUCUAAAAUGUGGGUCUGACGUGGAUUGCCCAGUCAGAACCACGCUAAAGAAUGAAAUACGGGCUAUACACAUGGCUGCACGCCUUGGAUUCCCAUUGAUUCUUCAGCAGUUGAUAGACUCUGGGUGUGAUAUUAAUUCAAGAGUUAAAAAUACUGGUGAUACCGCUCAAAUGAUAUGUGCUAAAUUUAAACAGGAAGAGUGUUUUCAAGUAUUGACCAAAGCUGGUGCUGAUAUUAGUUUGGUCAAUUUGUCAGGUCAAUCUGCCCAGUCUAUUUCUGACUCUAAUAGAUGGUCUCUUAGCUUUCAACAAGCAGUUUUGGACAUCAUUAGAGCUGGGAACAUACCGAUAUCUAGUAACAGUACUGUCUUUUCACCUCUAAUGUUUGUAGCCCAUUCAGGAGACGUACAAGCAUUAGAAGCUUUAAUCACUCGAGAUGAGAUCAAUCUUGAUGAUCAAGACGAAAAGGGCUUUUCAGCAGUGAUGGUGACUGCAAUGAAAGGUCAUAUUGAAGCCUAUAGGCUUCUUGUGUAUGCCGGAUGUGAUGUAAAGCUUACUAAUAAAGCUGGCGAGACUGCCAUUUCUCUAUCUAAAAUGAACGAGAAUUCUGAUAUGUUUGAGAAAGUAAUGAUUGAAUUCACCCUUGAAAAAGGUAACCAAAAUGCCAGAGGCUUUUAUCCCCUUCACUAUGCAGCUCGUCAUGGUGAUACACAUGCUGUUAAACUGUUGGUCAACAGAGGAUAUGAUGUAAACAUUCCUGACGGGGAUGGAUACACGCCCCUCAUGUUAGCAGCAAGAGAAGGAAAUGGAAAGAUGUGUGAACUAUUAAUCUCGUAUGGGUCUGUUUGCAGUUUCAAGAAUUCAAAAGGGGAAACCGCACUCUCACUUGCGAGAAAACACACUGAUAACAGUGCAGAGAGUGUGAUAUUAGACAAGCUUGCUAGAGUACUAGUUAUAAAUGGUGGCAACGUGUUAAAGCAUACAAAGGGAGGGAGAGGAGUUUCUCACAGGAAAGAGCUGAAAAUGAUAAUCACUGGAGGUGUUUUGAGCUGGGGAAACUCAAGUAGGAGAAAUGUGAUCUGCCGUGAAGCAUUAGUAGGACCAAGUGUUAGUUUUGAGAGGUGUAGGAGGAAGAAGGGUGAUGCUGACGUGCCAGGGGUUUUCCGGGUGGUGACCAUGAAGAACAAAGAGGUGCAUUUUGUAUGUGAGGGUGGGUUUGAAAUGGCAGAGUUGUGGGUAAGGGGCAUAAAGCUUGUGACUAGUGAAGCGAGGUCUUAAAGUUUAGACGGAAAUUUGAUUAGAGGUAUGGCCCUGAAUCUUUUUGUAUGUGUAGAUAUGGUACGAUGAAAGCAUGAAAUACUUCGUCUUGAAGUAUU